AUGGAGAACCCCACCACACUCCACUGUGAUGACACCACGGUGGUCACCAGACCAGUGGAAGUUCCACAGAACCUGGAACAGUGCUGGCAAGAAAUGUCCUCUUUAAAGCAGAAGCUUUUGGACCUUCCUGAAAAGGAUGAAGAAAAGAUGGCUGAAGUGCAGAUGAGGAGGCUGCAGAAAAAGCUCAAGAUAGGAGCAGCCAAGAAGAAAUCUUACAGUGCCAAUGUGAGGCAGCAGAUGCAGGCCCAGGAAAAAGAACUAGAGUCACUAGCCCAAAAGCAUCAAGAGGUGUCAAUAAAGCUCAGCUGGAUCAUGAGAAAUGGGAUGCUGGAUGCCAGAAAACGCAUGAAGCUCCAGCGCUUUCAAGAAACCAAGGAUCAGUAUGAUGCUCUGAUUAGAGACAGAAAAGCCAUAGUAGCUGACCUGGACAACCAGAUACAAGAACUUAAAAAAAAUAUUGUGAAGCAAUACCAGGCAGUGAGGGUAAAGCAAAUGAACAGUGGCCAACAGCUGCAAAAGCAGAUUGAGACCCUAGAGACGCAGCUCAACAACGUCACUGUUCAGUUUGAUACCAUCCUGACCAGAAAUAAGAGCCUUCGAGAAGAGAUAGAAAACAUGGAAAUCCAGAAGGCUCUUCUUGACAAAAUCUACUUGAAGCUCCAUGAGAAGCUGGAUAAGCAGAAUAGGAGAAUGGGCAUUGCUGUUGAGGAAUCCACACGAGCCCAUCAGCAACGGAUGGACACUCUGGCAAAGAUGUCAGAUCUGAAGGAAAAGCACAACAAAGAUACUGCCCAGUACCAUGCCGAGAUGCAGGAGUGGCAGCGUGGCCUUGCAGAGGAGGACAAACUGAAGGCUUUCAUAUUAAGCAAAUGGACCAAUCGCUCAGAACUGGAGGAGGAAGCCAAGAAGAAAAAAGCCUUGAAGACAGCCCAAUGGCUGAAGAAAAACCAAGGGGAGAGCCUGGAGAGCCGGGAGGUGGUUUACAGGCGCCUGCUGGAGCUGGCAGAGGAUGGCAACAUCGAGGAGCUGGUGAAUCGCUUCAUCGCGAAGGAGGAAAAGAACUACGCCUGCUUCAGCUAUUCCACUGAGCUGAACAAGCAGGUGGAGAAGCUGCAGUGCAGGAUCCAGGCCCUGCAGGACGAAAUUACAACCCUGGAGGUGAACCAGGACACUGCCAAGAGAAGCAGCCUUUCUGUCCUGCAGGAUCUGGAGGAAAAAUUACAGAAAACAACUGAGGAAGCCAACUUUUAUGAAGAAAGAUACAAGGAGAGCAGCAAAGUCCUGGGCCAGCUCAAACAUAUCAUGGAGACCCUGCUGGAGGAAUUCGACUGUGAUCAUACCAAGAUCAGGAAGGAGCAUGGAGAAGAAGGGUGGAUCACAGAUCAGAACCUGAUGCAGUGUUUGGGUCUCCUGGAGAAGAAAGCUAAAAAACUCCUGAUGGAGGACACCAUCCUGCGCUACAAGUUGCUUGAAGACUCUGACCAGGAACAGGCCUUCUCCAGCUCACUGCUGGCCGGCUCUGCUCUCCUGCAUACCAUGGAGCCCUCCCGGCUCUGCCCGCAGCCCCCGGCCGUGAACAGCACAAACGACCUCGUCGAGGCCCUGGAAGUGCCGCUGGACCAUGAACAACUGCGCCAGCUCGUUCUCCAGAGCCACGCGGAAAGAGCCGGUGCUGCCAGCCUGGAGAACAAGUAAAGAAGCAGCAUCAAAGCCUGA